AUGUUGUACACAACACUGCUUUCCGUGGUCUUUACCAUUGGCAGUGCUGCCGCCUCCCCUAUCGAGGAGAGACAGUCCACAUCGCUGAACACCAAGCUCAAGGCUCAUGGUAAGAAGUACUGGGGCACUGCUACUGAUCAAAGUUCUCUAUCCAAGAGUGGCAUGUCAGCAUUCGUGCCGACACAGUUUGGCCAAGUCACUCCUGAAAACAGCAUGAAAUGGGAUGCCACUGAGCCUUCACGCGGCCAGUUCAACUUUGCUGGCGCAGACUACCUGGUCAACUACGCCCAGCAACACGGUCUGUUGAUUCGCGGCCAUAACCUCCUCUGGCACUCGCAGCUACCAUCUUGGGUGUCAAGCAUCACCGAUAAGAAUACCUUGACAUCGGUCUUACAGAAUCAUAUUGCCAACGUUGCUGGCCGUUAUAAGGGAAAGCUUUACGCUUGGGAUGUUGUUAAUGAAAUCUUCAAUGAAGAUGGAACUCUCCGUCAAUCGGUCUUUUACAACGUUCUCGGUGAGGACUUUGUUCGCAUCGCUUUCCAGGCAGCAAAGAGUGCCGACCCUACCGCAAAGCUAUACAUCAAUGACUACAACCUUGAUGACCCGAAUUAUGCCAAGACCAAGGGCCUGAUCUCCUAUGUCCAGAAGUGGCGCUCUCAAGGCAUUCCCAUUGACGGAAUCGGCAGCCAGGGCCAUCUCAGCGCUGGUGGAGGGUCCAAGAACGCAGCUGCUCUCAAGGCCCUAAGUGCUGCGGCUCCGGAGGUUGCCCUCACCGAGCUUGAUAUUGCUAGUGCUCCCUCCGCUGAUUAUGUCGCGGUCGUUCAGGGAUGCCUUGCAGUGUCCAACUGCGUGGGCAUUACAAGCUGGGGCGUUCGUGAUGUCGAUAGCUGGAGGGCUUCUUCGAACCCCCUUCUUUUUGAUGCCAACUACCAACCGAAAGCUGCAUAUAACGCUGUUAUCAGUGCUACGUAG